CGCGCGGCGUCGCGCCGGUGGAGUGACUCGAUUGAGCGGCAGUGCAGCUGUCCCCCUGCCCCCUCCGCGUCCCCCGUCGCGUCUUCCGCGCCGUCGUUGGCCGUCGUUCGGUGACGCAUCGCUUCCGGGAAUCGUCAGUCGCUGCUCUUCGUGCCCACACGCCGAGAGGGGAAAAUGUCGGCGCGCUGUCGACGGGGCUUGUCGUGCCGUUGCCAGUGAACAGCCCGCUCGUGGACACGUUACGACGAUCGCAUCGCGGCCCCCCGGCGACCCUGACUCGCCCGAAAUCCGGCCCGCGAAGCCCCAUACGCCACCGGCCGUCGCUUACCCUCGAUCCCUCGAUUCGGCUCGACCUUCGCACGCGCGCGAGAGAAAGAAAGGGAGCCAGCCCGAGAGGAGGAGAUAUAUAUACAUAUAUAUAUAUAUAUAUAUCGCGGGAGAGCGGUGGAGCGAGCGAAAGACGGCGGUAGAGGGAGAGAGACGGCGAGCAGGUGCAAAACUUACACCGCCGUGUAGAGGUCCCCGCGUUAAAGGCAGCGCAAAGGGAAGAGCCGUACGGCGAGUGGAGGUGAGAGAGAAGGCAUACGGAGGCGAGCAGUGACAUGGCGUCGUUGGCGAUGUCAAUAGCGAAGAGUGAGUUUAUCGUGGGUGGCAAGUACAGGUUGAUGAGGAAGAUCGGUUCGGGCUCCUUCGGCGACAUUUACCUCGGCAUCAACAUCUCCAAUGGCGAGGAAGUUGCAGUUAAGUUGGAGAAUAUGCGUGCUCGGCAUCCGCAGCUUCUAUAUGAAUCGAAGCUGUAUAAAAUAUUACAUGGUGGUAUAGGAAUACCACACAUACGUUGGUAUGGCCAAGAACGUGAAUAUAACGUUCUUGUCAUGGAUCUUCUUGGACCAUCUUUGGAGGACCUUUUUACUUUCUGUUCAAGAAGGUUUACAAUUAAGACGGUCUUAAUGCUGGCAGACCAGAUGAUUGGUAGGAUUGAGUAUGUCCAUUGCAAACACUUUAUCCACAGAGAUAUAAAGCCAGACAAUUUUUUAAUGGGGAUUGGGCGACAUUGUAAUAAGCUGUUCCUCAUCGAUUUUGGAUUGGCUAAAAAGUAUAGGGAUAGUCGCACGAGACUGCAUAUAAUAUAUCGCGAAGAUAAAAAUCUAACGGGUACGGCGAGGUAUGCUUCUAUCAAUGCACAUCUUGGAAUUGAACAGAGUCGUCGCGACGACAUGGAAUCACUCGGCUACGUUCUUAUGUACUUUAAUCGAGGAUCGUUACCUUGGCAAGGUCUCAAAGCUGCGACGAAGAAGCAGAAGUAUGAGAAAAUUAGCGAGAAAAAAAUGUCCACGCCAGUAGAAGUCCUAUGCAAGGGAUUUCCUGCCGAAUUUGCAAUGUAUUUAAAUUAUACGCGAGGUCUACGCUUUGAAGAAAGCCCGGACUACAUGUAUUUACGUCAACUUUUCCGCAUACUUUUCCGUACAUUGAACCACCAAUAUGAUUAUACAUUUGAUUGGACGAUGUUAAAGCAAAAGGCAGCAAGUAAUAACAUUAGCGGUGGAGUAUCAACAGCUGGACCAGGUCUCUCUCAAGGUGCUCAAGGUGCUCAGGGGCAAGGACAAGGUCAAGGUCAAGCACCUACUCAGGCCAACGCUCAAUCAGGAGCGCGCUAAGACUAUAACUCCUCAUUGUAGCAACAAUCUUGAUCGCGAUCACUAAAGUGUUUCAAACGAGGUACCGAAUUUCUUACAGAAGUUAUCAUUCAAAGAGUCAUAUCAGUCAACACUCUAAUUUCACACAAAGAGGAGAGUGAUGUAAUGUAACUACAAAUGUGCAGCAUUUGCGCAUAUGUGACAUAGGGAAACAUGAUUGUAUCACAUAUUUACUGAACUACAUGUGGAUGAGAUGUAACACUGGCAACUUAGAGUUUCGGCUGAUUGAACUUUUUGGACUUUGAAAUCCGAGUGAGAGACCAGCCAGCCAGAAAGUGGCUUGUUCUUAUUUUGUUAUUACGUAUUUAAUUUACCGUUGGUAAUUAUUGAAAAUAAAGAUUCUGUUGCCCCCUGAGGAAGAUUAAGGGCGUAUAUAUAUUAUCAGGCUUGUGAAUAUAAUGGGUGAUUUAAUUCACGAAAUUGUGCAACUUUCAUGGAGAGAAAGAGAGGACGUUCUGACCAUUCUUGGAUGCUCGCGUUAAUCUGCGAAGCGUGUGGUGUAAAAUUUUAUAUCUAUUCUACAAACAGAAAAGAGAUAUAUGCAAAAUAUAUGAGUGUUUUGUGAGAGUAUGAGUACUACCGUGGCAAACUGACAUUCUGCUUCCGAAAUUUUGUUUUGUCUUCAAUAUAUGGCGUGAUCGGCAUCCACUAGCGUGUGUGGAAUGUUGAGAAAGUGUUAAUAUUUUUCUUAUCGAGGAUAGAGUAUGUCAAUAGUAUCAAAGGUACUACCAUUGCACAUACUUUUGAUACGUUUGACUGGAAUAAUCUUUUUUUUUUUUUUUUUUUAAUAAAUGAACGAUUACGUCUCUCUCCGAUAUAAUAUUGACAAGUUAAAGUAAUAUUAAAGAUACCUUAAUAUUAAGGCAACAAUCUAACUUUUAAGUAUGUACCGUACUGUAUUGAGUAACGAGUACUCUAUCGAGAAACGAACAAACGACUAACGAUUCUAUUGUAGAAAUAUCCCUCGAUUUACUCUCUUUCUGUCUGUGAAUAUGUUUAUUAUAAAUCGCAGAAGUUAAACAGUCGUUGAAGGAGAAGAAGAAAUUUUGAAAUAGUGGAAAGUGGUUACAAGCUUACUUUCAUCUAGAUAAUGUGAAAAAAAAAGUUAUCUCGUGCGGAAAGUAUUCCUGUAACUGAGGCUCUAGGCUGGAUAAUUCUUCCGUAUAUAGUUUUUAAUAGCUGAGACUGUGCAGUAGCUAUUUCACGUGCUGUUGCUUCAAGAUUAAGUUUGAUAUUUUGUAUACACAUUUAAGGGACUUCAUACUUCAUCGACCAACGUUCUUCGUACAUGCAUACACACGUACAUACCGAGAGAAGUCGCCUCGAACAGUCAGAAUACUUAUUUGAUAUCGGCAAUUGCUAAAGAACUAUCGUUUCUAUUCAUAUUGUUUAAGAUUUUAGUUGUAUUAUUCAUUCUAGCUGCUAAACUCUUCACCUUCAUAUUCUGCGAGCAUUAGUUUCCAAAAGAACGUUACGAUCAUACACCUUUAACGAAUACGAAUAAUAUUAGCGUGUGUCACACGUCCUCGUCGUGGAAGGUACUACCAGUCGUCCGGUCAGCUUUAAGUACGAUUGCAAUGAUGAAUUCAACUGAAAUCUUAAAGCUUAUUAUAUCCGAAGAAGCGGAUUACGCUGCCUGGCGGACACACCUUUGAGAAUAUAAAAAAGAAUUAUAACCAAUAACCAUCCUCGAUUGAAUGCGUGGUUAAUUAUUAUUAUUAUUAUUAUUAUUAUGAAGGGGAUAAAUGAAAGUGUAAAAGUGCGCAUCAACAUGUGAGAAUGAAUGAGCGAGUAAGUUAAUAAAAUAACUAACGAUAUAUGCACUUAAGUACUAUCCGCUGUGUGUAUGUGUGUGUAUAUACAACACAUGUGCAUGAGAUAUAUCGCGAAACGUAUGUAUAUACAUAUGCACAUACACAUGUCUGUAUGUAUAAUAAAAUUGUGACAGUAAUUAAGGCAUACCUUAUUUCAUAAAUAUUUGAGGAAAUACAUCAACGGUUUACUGCUCCUUUUAUCUCUACAAAUAAAAAAUCUGGAAUAUUGUA